UAUCGAAAGCGGACGCAGUUCAUCAGGAUAGGCGGCUAUCAUCGCCCCAACUGGCAAAUCGAACGGUAACAGAUUCCUCAUCAAUCCCUCCCGCUCCGGUUCGUCCCUCUCCUUGUCUUUGAUCACAUCACGUGCAGUGUCCUGUGUGUGUGGAAGGCCACGCUUGGGCUCGUUGCUCCUGCUCGGAGAGGAAGAGAGGAGUGUGGGAAUGGCGGCAGUGCGGAUGGCGACGGGAGGGGCGGCUUUUCACGCGCUGCAUGGCGGCCACAUCCAGUCGCUGAUGCUGGUGGGCCUUAAGCAGCAGCUGCCGCUUUCCUGCCGCCAGGGGCGGAGGAAUGUGAUCGGGAGGAGGUCCCUCUGCUGCAAGGCCCUUUUCCGACCAGAAGUGCUCGUCAAGGAGGAGGGCCAGCCUUCCACCCUUGACUACCGUGUCUUCUUCUUCGACAAGUCUGGCAAGAAGGUUUCACCAUGGCAUGAUAUCCCUUUGCAACUAGGGGAUGGAGUUUUCAAUUUUGUAGUUGAAAUACCAAAAGAAACUAGUGCAAAAAUGGAAGUUGCUACUGAGGAGCUUUAUACUCCCAUAAAACAGGACACCAAGAAGGGAAAACUUCGAUUCUAUCCGUACAACAUAAAUUGGAACUAUGGUUUAUUGCCACAGACGUGGGAAGACCCAUCUUUUGCAAAUCCAGAAGUUGAGGGGGCUUUUGGUGAUAAUGAUCCAGUUGAUGUUGUUGAGAUUGGAGGAAGGCAAGCAAAGAUGGGAGAGAUUCUCAAGGUCAAGCCUUUAGCAGCUUUGGCAAUGAUUGAUGAAGGAGAACUGGACUGGAAAAUAGUUGCGAUAUCACUUGAUGAUCCUAAAGCUUCACUUGUAAAUGAUGCCAAGGAUGUUGAGAAUCACUUCCCUGGGACACUCACUGCUAUAAGAGACUGGUUUCGAGAUUACAAGAUUCCGGAUGGAAAGCCUGCAAAUAAGUUUGGUCUGGGAAACGAAGCUGCAAGCAAGGAGUAUGCUCUGAAGGUCAUUGCUGAAACAAAUGAGGCAUGGUCUAAGCUGGUAAAACGAUCAAUUGAUGCUGGGGAGCUAUCACUGGUGUAAUCACACUAGGAAGGCUUGCUCAUAGCUGCUCGUAAGCGCAUAUUCAAUUUUUAUGGUGAGGAGGUUAUUUUUUGUUGAUGCAGAGCCAUAGUAGAUUCUAUGGUGUUUCACCUCAAACCUAGUCUCCAACUUCCGCACCUUUUUGUACUUCUAUAAUUAUUUAUGCAAUAAUAAUGGUUUCUUUCAAA